UACAUUAAUUAUUUAUUUUACUAAUUAAAAAUUAUUAAUAAUACGUCAUAUCGUGUUAAAUUUUUGCUAUAUUUUUGCGAUUACUUGUGACGACAGCUUGAUGCUCGAUUUCUGCUAUGUUUUUGCCGUCACAACCGAUAAAGCAGAUCGCGUUCUAUAUCUGCUGCGUUUUCGCCGGCAUGUCAUGAUGGCAGGCUCUGUUCGAUUUCUGCUGCAAUUUUGCUGUCAGUACUUCAUGUGACACAUCGUGCUGUAUCUUCGCCGCGUUUCUGGUGUCGCAGCGUGAUAGCAUUUCAUGCUUCGUUUUUGCUGUCUUUCUGCGUUUAGAGUUUAAUUUGUCAGAUUGUGUUCGAUAUUUACUAUGAAUUUACUGUCAUGUUAUGGUAGCAGAUAAUAUUCGAUUUUUGCUGUAUUUCUAUCAAUAUUUUAUGUUGAUAAUCUGUGCUGUUAGAAACUAAGCUUAAUGAGGAAGCAGCAGAUUGAAAUCUGCUGCGAUAUCAUGUUCGAGUUUGCUGGCAUAUUGCCGGCAAGCUGCUUGCUGGGAUAGUUCUGUAUUACACCGUACAUCCAUUGCAUAUGAAAUAUUACAAGGAAAAUAUCCAUUGCAGAUCGAAAGUAUAUACACAUGUACAUGAUUCGUAUAUUACAUAUAUAUACAUGAUGUAUGUCCAUUUACAAUUUAUUGCAUAUACAUAACAUGAACAUAGAAUGAACAUAAUACAUACAUAAUAUUAUACAUAUGUCCAUAGUAUAUACAGUGGCGAGCAUAUAAAUAGGGAAAUAUAGUUAACAUUAUUUGAUUAUGUAUACAUCGACUUUUGAAAAUAUAAUCUUGGUAAACUUUGUUAUUAAUGUGAAGGACAGACUUUCAAGAACAGACUGUUACAUGUAAACAUUGUAUUUAUCUCUGCUUCAUUGUCCCUGUUAGUCAAUAACGCGCCAGUUGUCGAUUCGAUACGAUCAUAUAAAUAGGGAAAUCGUAUUCUUACACGAAUAACUUUAUAAUUUCGGUAAGUUUUGUUCAUAUAAACGUUUCUGUGUACUUAUUUGAUUAUAAUAAGUGAUAUAUUGUAAUAUGUGAUACUAUAGGAAUGGGACGGGGCAAACACAUAACAGCAGAACAGCGCCGAGAAAUUUGUCGCUUAAGAGAGCAAAACAUGACGCUAUCUGCAAUAUCUAAACGUUUAAAUAUCUCAAUUAAUGCUUGUCAUCAAGCUUUGAAACACGUCAAACAUUACGAUAAUAUUUCUAACAAACCUCGUAUUCCCAGACCUCGAAAAACUACAAUUCGUAUUGACCGAAUGAUACACCGCCUUUCUGAGAAAGAUCGUUUCAAGACUGCUGUUGAUAUUCAUGCCGAAAUUUCGGCACAAGAAAACUUGAAUAUAAGUGUGCACACAAUACGACGUCGGUUGACAGAGUUUGGAUUGAGAGGACGCGUUGCAAGGAAAAAACCUCUAAUAAGUAAAAAAAAUCGCAAGGCUAGAUUAUUGUUUGCGAAAGAACAUAUCCAUUGGACACGCGAACAAUGGGCAAAAGUCAUUUUUACUGAUGAAUCCAAAUUUAAUCGCUUUGGCUCCGAUGGUAAAACGUAUGUUCGACGUCGUAUAGGUGAAGAAUUCAAAGAAAAGUGUCUGAAAUCAACAGUAAAAGGAAGUGGUGGUUCUGUGAUGGUGUGGGCUGGGAUGAGUUUGAUUGAUCCUGGGCCUAUUUGCUGUAUCAAUGGAAUUAUGGACCGCCAUGUUUACGUUGAUAUUCUGGAAAAGAAUUUGCUUCCUUACGCUGCUGUGCAUCUUCCCCAAGAUUGGAUAUUACAAGCGGACAACGAUCCAAAACACACAUCAAAAAAAGCUAGAGAAUUUCUUAAGGACAAUAAUGUGAAUGUUAUGACAUGGCCAGCUCAGUCCCCAGAUCUCAAUCCCAUAGAGACACUUUGGAAUGAUGUGGAAAAAGUGAUCAAAGAAAAGAAACCAUCAAAUCUCAAUGCAAUGUAUGAAAUUAUUCACGAAGGUUGGCGUAACAUUAGUAUUGAUCGAUGCGUUCGGCUCAUUGAUUCAAUGCCACGAAGAUGUCAAGAAGUGAUCAGAAACAAAGGAGGGCCGACAAAAUAUUAAUUCAUAGUCAAAAAUAAUUUGUUUUUUUGAUAUUACCAAUUUAUUAUUAAAAAUUCCUUAUUUAUGUGCUCGGAGAAAUAAGGAUUAAAUUUAAAUAAUAUUUUUUUUACUUAAUAUAAAACGGACUAUUUAGUUUAAUUUAUGUUGUAAUACAUUUCGUAAUGUACAACUGAAUAAUAAAAUUAAUAGUUUUUUAGUUGUCUCAGGAUUAAUUAGUCUACUGCAAAAAUUACUUUCGUCAAUUGUAUUUCCCUAUUUAUACGCUCGCCACUGUAUAUAACAUGUAUAUAUAUAGAAUAUACAUGAUGUCAUAAUACAAAUUUGUGGGGGAUUGUGUGUUGCGUGCGGUACUGUACUCGAGGUACGGUAGCUAAUAAAAAUGAGAUUCGAGAUCUGAUUUCGGAAUUGCAAGUGACCUCCUUAUAUAUGCAAGAGAGAAUCACUUGACUCCGAAGAAAGGGCUAAGUUGCAUCGUCUAGCGGUGAUUGCGAGAAUUAUUCCUUACGCGUGAGCAUGCAAGUUCAUGUUAUAGAGGAAAAAUAUCUUGCAUAUGAAAUGUACAUACAUUUAACAUUGUGCGCUGUAUAUACAUACUAAAUACAUUAAUGAAUGUACAUAUUAUGUAC